GUUAUUUCAACAGAAAGCUUUUCUGGAAGAGGAAUAUAGGCCUAUAGGCCGAAAUAGAGGGAAAGUUGUUUUUGUCGUAGUGGAAUUUUACUUCUUACCACCCGGAAAAUACAGAUUUGAUUUGAAUCCAUUUUCGGAAGACUGUGCACCGACUCCAAAUCUAUGUGCAGUUUCCUUUUCGAAACCACAAAUUAAUACAGAUGACGCGUGUUUUUAUCGUCCGUGCAGUAAUGCGACUUGCAUCGUUAAAAAAGAGAUUGGCGAAUAUGAUUGUCAGUGUAACGAGACAGGGUUUGUGUAUAAUAAAUCCGAAAAUUCGUGUAGGCCUAUGCCUUAUGAGCCAUGUAACGUUGGCUGGUGCUUGAAGAAGACGGUGUCAAUAGUAGCUACCAUCGCGACGUUCAUGAUAAUGGCGACUUCUAUUAUACUCUAUAAAAAGCUCAAAGGAAGAUUAUGUAACGAUGGAAGCUUAUCAAAUAAUGUAGAAGAGAGUGUCGAAAUAGACGGUCUUGCCAGUUUAAAUGCGCUCAGGGAGUUCUCGGAACGCCUUGAGAGGCCUACAUGCACAUGUAGUCUGCAGUCCAAUUCCACAGGAACUUUCAAUUCAUGUGGUGGAUACAUACUGGUGUCACCGUCCGACCCAUCGAGCAUGUCGACGCAUUGCCAUUGUAAUCCAUCGUGUAGGAGCGCCACUCAUAUGUAAAAAUAAUAUGAUCAGAUUGUGGGAAGUACGGUUGCUCGUCAUAGAGCGAUGCUCUUGAGGAAGGAUGGUGCUCAUUAAAGUUAGACAAAAUGCUUCUGUUGACGGUGCGCUUGAAGAUUGGGGUGCUCCAGUAAGCGGGGAAAGUCUAAGCUCAAGGGAUGCUUAUAAGGGGGAAGUGAUAUGAAGUCGUAUCAGAGAAGUCAUAUUUUAAAAGACUGUGUGCCGAUGUUGCAAUUUACCGUAUAUACAGUAUGGAAAAAAAAACUUAAUAUCACGGGAUUGUUUGCCUGUAUAUACUGUAUAAUAAAGUGGAUUAAGCCUA